GUAUUAGAAUUAGACUGGACAAAAUUUUAAUUCGUUUCCUUUCUUAAUACCGUCCAUAUUAUCCAAUAGGAGGGCUUUUGUUUUGUAAUAGACAGGCAGUUUUUUAAAGUAAGGUACUUCUGGAUGAAAAUAUAACAGAGAUUUUUCAAGCUAUGCAGGAUAUACUCAUAGUUGGGGGCCAUAUCAACAAUGACAAAAGUGACAAAGGAAAUGUUAUUAACAUUCCUUCAAAUGAAUAUGCAGAACUCAACAUGUUUCUUGAUCCCUUGGCAGCAAAAAUGGUUUUUGAUUCAGGUCUUAACAUCACACUCAUCCCUCUUGGCAUCCAACAAAAAGUUAGCAGGUUUCAAAAAGUUCUUGAAAGGCUUUACUUGACAAAGAAGACACCUGAAACAUUGUUUGCCAGGCGCUUAAUUUCAAGAUUGCAUCAGUUGAAACAAACGCAUCCUAGAUAUCAACAUACGGAUAAGUUUUUGGGUGAAAUCCUUGGUGCGGUAAUCUUGGCAGGUGACCAUUUCACUCUGAAGACAACGUAUGGAACUAGUCCUAUAAGUGUGUUGGCAACAGGUGUUGAAUCUGAAGAUGGACAGAUAACUACUGACCAUGAUCAAGGAAAUUCAGUAAAAGUAUUGGAAAAUAUCGAUCCGGAUGCUUAUUGUGAUAUUUUGGCAAGUCGAUUUGGGGACGAAAAACAAUCUGCCAUUGUUGGAAGCUUUGAAGAACAGAGAAGAAUUUGGAAUACACCAAUUGGAAACUAAAACUGGCUUUUAAAGAAGGUCAAAUUUCCAAAAAGUGC